AUAGGGCUCUAUCAUAAACAGCAGCAAGUACAUAUGAAUAUGAAGAUGAAAACUAGUACUAGUAGAACAACUUGUACGUUUAUAUUACGUGCUUGUUUUUCGAUCAUGUGCAUCUGUCAACUGGCCAACGUUGUUGUUUCAAAGUGUAGUAGAAAUAUGGUGAUUUUCAAUUUUGGAGAUUCAAACUCAGACACAGGUGGUUAUCCAGCUGCUCAUGGAAUCAGAUUUGGAUUUCCAGAUGGCCGUUCCUUUUUUCAUCAACCGUCUGAUAGAUUGUGUGAUGGACGAUUAGUCCUUGACUUCCUUUGUGAAAGUUUGAACAUGAGUUAUUUGUCUCCAUAUCUGGAUUCUGUAAGGCAAAAUUUUAAGAAUGGAGUAAAUUAUGCAAUUGGAGGUGCAGCUACACUCCCUAAAAAUGCUUUAUUUACUUUGAGUACUCAAGUUGGUCAACAUAUAAGGUUUCUUCAGUUACAAUCCAAAGGUUUGGAAGACUUAAUUGAGAAAGAGGAUUUGAAGAACGCAGUAUACAUGAUAGACAUAGGACAGAAUGAUCUUGCUGGUGCAUUCACUUACCUUUCACAAGCUUCUCAAGUUAUCCAAAAGAUCCCUUCUUUCAUAUCUGAAAUUCAAGAUGCAAUCUGGGCGAUAUACAAACAUGGUGGGAAGAAUUUCUGGGUUCAUAACACGGGACCCUUGGGUUGUUUGCCACAAAAGAUUGCCACAAGAAAUGCAAGUAAUUUGAACGAUGUUGAUGACUAUGGAUGUCUUAAGUCUAUGAACAAAGCUGCGGAAGCAUUUAACAAUCAGUUGCGCGCUCUUUGUGAACAACUGAGGCUCCAAAUGAAGGACGCAACCAUCGUGUAUGUGGAUAUGUAUUCCAUCAAGUAUGACCUCAUCGCCAAUGCUAGAGCUUAUGGUAUUCAGAAUCCAUUGAUGGUGUGCUGUGGUUAUGGUGGUCUGCCCUACAACUAUAAUUCCAACACAACGUGUCGCCAAAGUGGGUAUACUCUGUGCAAGGAAGGCUCUGCAUAUAUUAGCUGGGAUGGAGUUCACUACACUGAGUUUGCCAAUGCAAUUGUUGCCUCCAAAAUACUCUCUACAAAUUAUUCCACUCCUCCUCUCGACUUGCAUCACUUUUGUACCUAGAAAUUACUACUCCUAUGUUUGCUUGUGUCAGAAGGCAUGGGCAGAGCCAGCAUAGUAUUUGCGAGUUCGGCCGAACUCAGUAACUUUGGUUGAACCUCUACAUUUGUCUUGAAAAAUUUAUUGAAUAUGUAUAAAUUAUUACGUUAGAACCCAUCAA